AUGGCGAAUCAAGACAUGCGGCUAGCUGUGGGAAGGCUCCUGAAACAUGUAAUGCAGCAUGGAAUCGAUGUUAGGAUUUUGAAUAACCUCAUCGCUAUCAUUCAUUGUAGUCUUCAGCAGAAAUGUAACACCCAGAAUCGAGAUAUGAUAAAACAUGUCGAGCCAAUCUAUUAUGCCAGAAAUUUGAUCGCGAACUAUCGCUUUCUCGAAGAAAUCUUCUUCCCUUACCGUGCUUAG